AAGAGAUACAGAUCACAUUGUUAGUGGCAAAAUAAAAAUUUUCGUAUUAUUUAGUCGCUGCUCAAGCGUGGAUUUUUCUAUCGACAACGUAUAUUGUUCGUGAAAAUACAUUAUAAAAAUAUAGUGUAAUAUUAUCUUUGUGUAAAAACCGAGAAGGUGAUGGAUCAUAAAUGAGAUUGUUAUUAAAUCAAAAUUGUCUGUUCCAUUGUCAACAUUAAAGUGAUAUUUGUGUAUAAAUUGUGUGUUAAGUUUGUAACAAUGGAUGAGUUUGUUAAACAACUUUUAAAAAAGUGGAAUCUAGAAAAUUUAAUUGAUCAUUUCAACAGAAACUCUCAAAAUGAAAUUAAACCUAUAUUAAAAUGUUUUCGUGGAAGGCUUAUUCUAGCAGAAUUUAAUCUUAAGAACACAAUAAACCGACGGUUACUCACUAGUGUAAUCAUUGAAUCAGAAUUAGAAAACAGUAAAAAAUUCAAGAUUACAGCUGAGAGAUUUAAAAAGUUGACAAAAGAUCUAGUAGAAUUAUUUCCUGAUGAAGAAGAAGACUUAUAUUAUACACCCUGGACAAAAGGCACAAAUGGUCCUAUUGGUGCUAGAGGACUUCUGUAUGAUAAAUAUAUCAAUCUGAGAAGAACUUUAUUUGAAUUAGAAAUCCUUACUCUGAUUCUAAUAUAG